GAAAUGAGUCGCGAGCAGGAGGAAGGAGGAGCUGCGGCCACUUACCGUGGAAUUCGCAAGCGGAAGUGGGGGAAGUGGGUUUCCGAAAUCCGUGAACCGGGGAAGAAAACCCGAAUUUGGUUGGGAAGCUUCGAAUCCCCAGAAAUGGCGGCGACCGCUCACGACGUCGCGGCCCUCUGGCUCCGCGGCCGAGACGCCCGCCUCAACUUCCCCGAUACGGUUCACGACCUCCCUCGCCCGGCCAGCUCCCGGCCCAGCGACAUUCGGUCCGCCGCGGCUGAGGCGGCGAAGCGGAUCCGGUUCAGGCCCGAGCCGCUUCGGCCUGAUCGGUUCUCCACCGGAUUGUGGACCGGAAACUGGGGGCUGGACUCUCCCGGGAUGUGGAGGGAGCUGGAAGAGGCGCUGUUUCCGCCGCCUCCACCGGCGGCGGCGGCGGCUGCAUUCGAGGAGAUUGAUGGGAGGCUUUGGGAGUGGGGCCCGUUGCUGUCAAGUUUGGAUUAA